GUAGAUUUGUCAAGGCACUACGCUAGUGCAGCAAACGGGCGAAAGCACAGUGUGACCUGAUCGUGAAUUGUUUUCUUAUUGGAGUUAACGAGUGACGGGUGCCUAAAUAUCAGUGUGUCUAAAACCUUGUUGUCGAUUCAGAAACUAGUGCAUUGGUAAGAUCUUCGACAAUUGAGAGAUUUAGACAUUGAUGUUGCCAAUGCACACGGUUGAGAAACAUUUUUUUGUUAAACAUGUAUUGCUGCUUAGCUGAAAGACUCCUUAAACUGUGAUUAAUAAUAUUGUGUCGGAUCUUACUCUUAAUCGUCGGUGAAAAUUCUAUCCUUAGCCAUGAACAAUCGCGAAUGUUCGUCUAGUGCAACAGAUUAUCAAAUAUUUGAAAAAUCUAUAUCUCAAUACAAAAGUGCGGUGUGUUAAUGUUCCCUGCUCCAUCAAAAUGCGGUCGCUGGUGGUAGCUGCCGUGUUUGUGGUUUUUGGUUUUUGCUCCGGGUUUUUACUUGACGGCUCCACAAACUCUUACUCUCAAUUCCGUAAAUGGGGCGGCGGCACUAAUGGAAGUUUAGAAUUUGAAUUUAAAACCGAUCAGCCUAACGGCUUACUGCUCUACACGGACGACGGUGGUACCUAUGAUUUUUUUGAAAUAAAGCUUGUCGAGGGAGCGCUACGUUUACGUUAUAAUUUGGGUGGCGGUGCGCAGAUAAUAACUGUGGGAAGAGAACUCAAUGACGGCCACUGGCAUAAAGUGCACGUGCAAAGACAUGAGGACAGAACCAUUUUAACCGUUGAUAAUGUGUCGCAAAUGCGGACUUCCAGAGGAAAAGAGUUCAAUUUUGGACGGUUUGGAACCAAUUCGGAUGUUUUUGUCGGAGGAAUGCCUACUUGGUACAACACUAAACUGACCUUGUUGGCGUUGCCGAGCGUCAUUUUUGAGCCUAGGUUCGUGGGGGCGGUACGAAAUCUCAUCUAUCCUGAUGUGGAAGGUGGACCACCGCGCAGACAAGAAACAAGACCCAAGGAUCAUAGGUGUGAUGCUGGUGUAGUCGCAGGGACUGAAGGUGUCUGCUUGCCGCAGUCUAGGAUCUUGCGGGGCAACAGCAGCGACGUGUGUGAAUUUAGAGAUCCUUGUCAACAUGGUGGGAUCUGCAUAUCCACCGACAGUGGCCCCAUAUGCGAAUGUCGCAACUCCGACUACGAGGGAGAGUACUGUGAAAAAGAUAAAGCACCUUCGGAAGCUGUGUUUCGAGGAAUGGAAUUUUUAUCGUACGACCUCAGCCAAACAGGAGGUGAACCUAUAGUUAGUGCUCAAGACUCUGUUACAUUUUAUUUUAAAACUAGACAGCCAAGUGGAUUACUUUUUUAUACGGGUGACGGAACUGAUUACCUCAAUGUUGCAAUUAAAGAUGGUUGUCUUAGUCUUACCAUGGGAUUAGCCAACGGUAAACAAGAAAUGCAAAUAAAGCCUAAUAAAGUACGAUUUGAUGACAAUCAGUGGCACAAAGUAAGCGUCCAUCGGAGAAUACAAGAGAUUUCAUCUAUUACAAGCUUUUGUCGGCUUUCUGCAGUGGUAGAUGGUGUAUAUGCAGAUCACUCUCACAUUGCUGGAAAAUUUACCAUGUUAUCAUCAAGUCGCGUGUAUGUGGGUGGGAGUAUUAACACUAGGGCACUUCCUGGAGCCAGAGUUCACAACAAUUUUAUCGGUUGUAUGCGAAAGGUCGAAUUCAUCGCAGAUACAUUAAGACUGAGUCUUCUUGAAUUAGGAAGAUCUGGAAGUCAUCUUAUUUCAGUGGCAGGUCAACUUGAUUACAAAUGUCCGGCUGGAGAAUCACAUGAUCCUAUCACUUUUACAACUAGGGAAUCUCAUUUGAUCUUACCUCCAUGGAACGCCAAAAAAUCUGGAAAUAUAUCUUUCAAAUUUCGCACAAAUGAAGCAAAUGGUUUAAUACUUUUCAACGGAGGAGUCCGGCCACCACGGGUGGAUCUCUUUGCCAUAGAAAUUUACAAUGGACACAUUUACGUUCAUUUGGAUCUGGGAUCAGGUCACUCUAAACAACGAGGGUCGAGAAGAAGAAUUGACGAUGGCUCCUGGCAUGACGUCACAUUUCGAAGAACUGGAAGAGACGCUAGAAUUACUGUAGAUGGAUUCCACACGGACUUUAAAACUACAGAGGGAUCAACUAGUUUGGAACUGGACGGAAAUAUGUACGUGGGAGGCCUGGGACCACCUUUCUCUGAAAUUCCCAUCCCAGCUGGUCUCUGGACCGCCGUCCUACAACAAGGGUUUGUAGGAUGUUUUAAGGACCUCGUUAUGAACAAUGAUGCCAUAGAUGUAGCCAGUUACGCCAGAGAACAAGAUUCUGGUUCCAUUCGAACACUUUGUCAUACUCAGCCGCAGCAGUGUCCGUCUCAGCCUUGUUUAAAUGGAGGAAUUUGUACCGAAGGGUGGAACAGAUUUGUAUGUGACUGUACUAAUACAAUGUUUAGUGGUCCUACGUGUGGCAAAGAAGCUGCAACUCUUAGUUUUAACGGUACGCAACACAUGGAAGUCGUCAUGGACUCAGAAAUGAUUACUCAGACAGAAGAUAUUGUAUUAAGAUUUCGUACCAGCAAACCUCUAGGCUUAUUAUUGAUUAGUAGUACUGUAGAAACUGGCGACAGAAUAGAAUUAGCCGUAGCUGCAGGACGUAUCAGAAUGGCACUUAGAUUAGGGGUUAAAGACAAAAAGCAAGAAGAUCGAGAAAAAGAUAAGAUACUUCUUGCCGGUCAAAACGUUAAUGAUAAUGAAUGGCACACUGUAAGAUUUUCAAGAAGAGGAGCAAAUUUGAAAUUGCAACUUGAUGGACAGUCACCGAUAAGAGCAGAAACUCAAGGGAAAUAUAAUACUUUACAGUGGCGCUCUAUUCACGUCGGAGGUUUAUAUCAUUUGGAAGAAGAAAUCAGCAUGACAACGACUGUACCAAAUUUCAUCGGGGAAAUUCAACAGUUUUACUUUAACAAUAUUCCUUACAUUGAACUAGCACGUGCCUUGAGCAGUGAGCAAUCAAUAUCAGGUUUCCCUGCAAUUAAAAUCGCUGCAAAAUUUGUUAAACAUGCAACGGAUAAUCUUCACAGACCAGUGACUUUCCGCUCGAAACACACUUUUAUUGGUCUUCCUAUGUUAAGAGCAUAUUCUAGUAUACAUAUCGACUUCAUGUUUAAAACGCGUGAAGCAAACGGUUUAAUUAUGUUUAACGGAGGAAGGAAAGAGGAUUUUGUGGCAGUUGAACUUGUAGAUGGUCACAUUAACUAUAUUGUUAAUGUUGGAGAUGGUACAGUAACGCUACGAGACACAGUCAGAUCUCACUUAAACGACAAUCGUUGGCAUACUGUGGGUAUAAGACGACCCUCAGUUAAGCAACAUACACUUAUGGUGGACGACGACAUCGUUAUAGCAACAAAUCAUGGCACUGGCAACUUAGAACUAGAUGGAAUUUUAUACCUUGGAGGGGUUCAUAAAGAUUUAUACGCACAACUGCCCCAAGAAGAUGUAAAAUCGAGGCAUGGAUUUGAAGGAUGUAUAGCAGGUUUAGAUUUAAAUGGAGAAUCUCCUAAUAUCAUGGAGGAUGCAGUUGUCCACAGUUCUUUGGUUACAGCAGGAUGUGAAGGUCAGUCUGCUAAAUGUAGCCACAAUGUUUGUGCCAAUGGUGGAGUUUGUGUUCAACAGUGGCAUUCUUAUACGUGCGAUUGUGACAUAACAUCUUUCACAGGACCUACAUGUUCCGAUGAAUCUGUUUCCUAUGAAUUUGGUCCUAAUCGAGGUAUAAUUACAUACACGUUUCCUGAAGAUAAUAGACCCGAAAUGCAAGAGGAUAUAAUCGCCUUCGGAUUUAUCACUACAAAAGCAGACGCUGUAUUACUACGAAUAGUUAGUGGAACAUCAAAUGAUUACAUUGAAAUGGAAAUUGUUGAAGGAAACGUUUUUGUUGUGUAUAAUUUGGGCACAAAUGAUCAUCCUCUUGGUGAAAUUUCGUUGAAAGUUAACGAUAACACAUACCACGUAGUAAGAUUUCAUAGAUUAGGUUAUAAUUCGUCCCUUCAAAUCGACGAUUAUAAUGUUCAAACCAGUCAUCCUUCCGGACAUCAACUACAAGUUUUCAAUAGUCAGUCCCAAAUUCAAAUCGGUGGUAAAUGGAGCAAAGGAAAAUCAAGAAUAGAACGACCAUUUUCGGGAAUUAUGUCUGGAGUUGUAGUCAAUGGACUUAGGGUUUUAGAUCUGGCAGCGGAAAAAGAUCUGCACACAUCGAUUAGAGGUGAUGUCCAGCUCAUUUCUGGGAUUUUAGAUCGGCACGACCAUUUACAAAAAAUGCAACAGACACCAGCGUCCGGAUUUCCUGGAGUAGAAGAUGACUUAGUUUUUAGUGGAGCAGGAUCCGGCUGCAAUGGUGAUGACGAAGACGAAUGUCCCCCUCUUCCCGAAACAGGCUCUGGAGAUGAUGACCUAAUCACUCCGGUUUAUAUUCCUCCAACUAAAUCAACUCCAACAACUAAAAAACCUACGAAAACCCAUGAGGCUGGAAAACCAUGCGAUGAUGAGGACUGUUUUACCGGCUCUGGAUCAGGAGAAGUAACAGAAGAACCCGUUAUUACAUCUCAUGCUACAGAUGUAAGCAUCACGACUCCCGAUAACACGAGCGUAAAAACGUCAGACGCCGGUUCUACGUCAACUAGUACGCAAAUUUUCGGUUCAACAAUUAGCGUUUCGACUACAGAACGGGACUAUUCAUCGACGACACCACAACGUACAACUGCAGUUGAAACAACUAUAGUUGUAACAACAGAAGACACUGUGAAAAGUUCGACCGAAAAAGUACCAGCUCAUUUCUAUCCCUCACUUCCAGAAGACCAACACGAAGUCGAUAACAUUAACACCAAGUACCACGGUAAAACAACCACCAAAGGAACCGAAAGAAUCAAUACGGAGACGUCUGAUACGGUCGCUUUGAUUAUUGGAAUCAUUGCAGGCGCAUUAAUAGCUGUAAUUUUAAUAAUCCUCGUGAUUUUGAAAUUCAAACCUCGCAGUGAUGGCGCGUUUAAAGUUGAUGACAGUAAAGGUUAUCAACAAGGGCCCAAUGCCGCACUUUUAGGCAAUACUAGCAGUACCAAUGGACAAACUCAAUAUCAACUAAACGGUGCCCUACGAAAUGGUGAUAAAAGCCAAAUGCAAAAAUCGAAGAAACGCGAUAGUAAAGACAUUAAAGAGUGGUAUGUGUAAGGUGUUUUCAAUUUGAGAUGUGACUCCGAGCCAUUUCGUGAAAUAAAUAUCGUGACUGAAGGUGUGGAUGGACGAAUGAUUUACACAACCAAUUAAUAAGAAAGUGAUAUCUUCAUAUUGUCUUCAGUUACCUACUUUGAAGUCUUAUACGGUCUUGAAACUUUUCAAAUGAGAAUUAUGUAAUAAAGAAACGUUAACUAUGCUCACUGUUGCAUAAACUACAGCAAAUUGUUCUUGAAAAAUCUUUACCGCCGCUAAAAUUUCUUCUAUGCAAUGCCAUCUUUCAUGUUGAAAAAUAUACUUUUACUUAAUUUUACUAAAUUUAUAACUUUAAAAAUAAAUGCAGGCACAGAUAAAAUCAAUGAUAUGUAUGACGCAAAUAUGUUUCAUCUCUAUGGAUUGACCAAAUUAUCUCAGUUGUCAUGUGUACAGUAAAUAAAUUAGAGACUCGAGAAUCUAUAAUAUCAUCUUAAACUUAUAAAAAACAAAAAUAUCCGGGAAGAAUCACACUAGGUACUUAAAAUAUUCGAUUUACACUUGGUAUAAAAAUACCUUAUAUUUUACAUACGGUGAAGGUUUGAGUCCUAAGGAAAGAUGUAAAUAUUUUUUCUGUAACGGUUAGAUUUUUUAUAAUAAGUAUGUAACAAAACAAACUCUUAUAUAUUUCCUUCUGAAAAUAUUUUUUUUUGUUAGAGAAGAGUGAGGUAUUCACAAUUUCUCAAAAGUCUAAAGUACUGUUAUUUGAAUUACUACAAAUGUAGCUAAUUAGUUUUUAUAUAUCGUUAUGAGCAACAAAAUUUAAUAUGAGAGGAGGCAGCGCAACUUGGGGUGAUACAUAGACAUUUAAUAUUUUUGCUGCUCAUAGGGUAUAUCAGUUUAAUUAUUUUGAUUUGAUAGCUGAAACAAGUAGUGGUUGAACGACUAAGACUGCAGUUGAAACAAAUAAUAUCAUAUCAUAUCAACCUUACUAUACUGUAUAACUUUUAUAGUUUAUCAACUACAUUCAACCUGAAAUUUUGACGAAAAUCUCAUUUUAAACAAUACAAUCCUCAAUAUUUUAAAAGUAAAACUGACGAAUAUAGACAUACUUAAUAUCACCUUUUUAUUCAUUGUAAAAAGAAAUAAAUUUAUUUAUUCUGUGCCUGUUUAAACGUUGCGUAGGAGAAAAACUUAACAAAUAUAAUAAUUCGUGGAAAAAAAUACGAAACAUUUACACUACCUACAAAUAUGCCUCUAUCAAUCCUUUACAGUGACACUUGUAUUUAAAUAGCAAUACAGAGAUAGAUUAUACGAUUAAACAAUUUGAUUAUAAAAUUAGUUGACAUUUGUUGUGUAUAAAAAGAUUGUAAGUAGUUAAGAUAGCAUUUUGUAUUAUACUUUUGGUUUUGUUAGAGCUACAAUAAAAUGGCGUAUAUUUGGA